AUGACUUCAGGUUCUGGUCCGAUCUCACCCGUGGCGACCCCUGAUGGCGGCGACACUCGUCAUUGGAAUCCGCUGGUGAUCUCCUUGUUCGCGUUCGUAUGUACCGUCUUCCUCCUCUUCAGCUCCUACUCUAUCUUGAAACGGUUUCUCCGCGCCUUUCGUCUCACCACCUUCUCGAGAAACAGGGCCCUGAGGCCACAGCUCCUGAACGACGCCAACCCGGACAACCCGUCCCUCCAGUUCCACAGCCACGGUUUGGACUCCUUCACCAUGCGCAACCUGCCAACCACACAGCUCCGCAAGAAGGAAGCUGAGGCGAUGAAGCCGAGCAUCAGCACUGAGUGCGCGGUUUGCUUGACAGAGUUCGAAGAAGGGGACUGGUUGAAGCAUUUGCCGUACUGCGCUCACUCAUUCCAUGUCGCUUGCAUCGACACUUGGUUUCAGCUCCACUCGAAUUGCCCGCUGUGCAGGGCUCAAGUGGCGUGCCAUUUGAACGUCCAGAUUGGGAGCGUCGUGUCCGCGCGGAGUCUGAUGGGGACGCUCGAGAGAGAAGACUUCGUCAACGAGAGGACAAGCCAAAGCCAUCACCAGAGCUUGAGGUCUCAAAUCCUAGAGAACUCAGCAAUGGCGAGGGACGAACUUGUGAACCCAACUCCUGAAAACGAAUAG